GAACUGAAGUCUAAAGACUCAGAAUGGUGGCCAUCUACCUCAUGCUGUUAUUUGCAACAGUGUCUUAUGCGCUGCCAAUCAGAAACGAAAGGGAAAAGCUGGAACUUCUUCAGAGGUACUUAAAAAACUAUUAUAACUUCACAACAACAGAUGGGAAACCAACGUUAAGAUGGAAAGCCAACAGCCCAAUAAUGAAAAAAAUCAAAGAAAUGCAAGAAUUUAUUGGGCUAGAAGUGACAGGCAGUUUGGAUUCUAGGACGCUGGAGGCCAUUCAGAAACCAAGGUGUGGAAACCCAGAUAUUGGAGAAUUUGCGUUCUUCUCAGGACAACCCAAAUGGGGGAAGAAAGAUCUUACCUACAGGAUACUGAAUUAUACACCAGACAUGAAAGAACGUGAUGUACAGAAUGCAGUAGAGAAAGCAUUUAAAGCUUGGAGCCGAGUUUCCCCACUAACGUUCUCUCCAACUCAAAGAGACAACGCAGAUAUAAUGAUCUCCUUUGGCUCCAGAGAUCAUGGAGAUUUCAAUCCUUUUGAUGGCCCUGGAGGCACCGUCGCACAUGCUUAUGCUCCUAGCACUGGUAUUGGAGGAGACGCCCAUUUUGAUGAGGACGAAAACUGGACUCACGGAUUAGACGGCACCAACUUGUAUUUUGUAGCCGUUCAUGAAUUUGGUCAUUCCCUUGGACUCUUCCAUUCUAAAGAUCCCAAUGCUGUGAUGUUCCCAGUGUACAGGCAACCUGAACAAACGGAUAAUGUCCUCUCUCAGGAUGAUAUUGAUGGCAUUCAACAUCUCUAUGGACCAUCUUCUAAUCCAUCAGAAGAUCCAGUGGAAGACAGCAAACCAAGAGAACCCAUCAGGCCAACCCAGUCUGCAAUACCAACUGCUUGUGACCCUCAGCUGACAUUUGAUGCCGUCACAUCUUUACGAGGAGAAAUACUGUUCUUUAAAAACAAACAUUUCUGGCGAAAGCACCCUCAGUACACACAGCUUGAUUUCAGCUUGAUUUCUCAGUUUUGGUCAUUUGUACCAACCGGUGUUGAUGCUGUUUCUGAAAAUAGUGAUAAGGACGAAAUACUUCUGUUUAAAGGCAAUCAGUUCUGGGCUGCAAGAGGUGAAAUCAGGCUUUCUGGAUAUCCCAAACGCAUUCAAAGUUUGGGUUUCCCAAAAGAAGUCAAGAAAAUUGACGCAGCAUUUUUCAAUGCCAAUGAAAAACAGACAUACUACUUCUCCGCUGGCAAAUACUGGAGAUAUGAUGAAACCACACAAACUCUGGAGAGGAAACCAAAAAAUAUCAAAGAUGGUUUCCCAGGUAUUGAGGGGAAAGUUGAUGCUGCCUUUCAGCAUAAUGGAUUGUUGUACUUUUUCAGGGGAACAAAUCAAUAUGAAUUUGACCCUAAUACCAGACAAGUUACUCGGGUCAGAAGGGCCAACAGCUGGCUUUCGUGCUGAGAAGAUUUGAAAAACGCCCUCAAAAAACACCUCUGAAUGUCUAAUUCAAGCACUUCUCUUGUAUAAGUGGUUCCCUAUUAGGCAGUGAUGUCUAAUGCUGCUUAUAUUUUUGUAUAUCAUGCAUGCACAUGGCAAGCUAAGGCUACAAUUAUGUAAAGCAAAGUGUGCUGCUUAUAUACCACCCCCACAG